AUGUCUCUACAAUCUGAUCAUUCGAAACUUAAGAAAGACUGGUCUAGUGUUCGUGAUAUUCGUGAAGACACACCGACCUUUGGAACUCGAACCCUGGAAAACAAGGAACACGUUUGGAAACACAAUGCCUGGUUUGGAUAUCCUUUAUUUACUAGGGACAAUGUAGAAUGGGAUGAGGAACAAGAAAGAUAUGCGCGAGAAAGGAUUCUUAAACAAUCCAAUAAACUUAUGUCUCUUGAAGAACAACAAAAAUAUCAUCAAGAUGCAUCGAAAUAUUGGGACACAUUUUAUCUUCAUAACGAAAACAAGUUUUUUAAAGAUCGUCAGUGGUUAAAAAUAGAAUUCCCUGAACUUCAUGACGUUACGAAGUCAACCGUUGGUCCAAAAAAGAUAUUUGAGAUAGGAUGCGGAGCCGGAAAUACAAUGUUUCCAUUAUUAUCUGUAAAUCAGAAUCCUGAAUUAUUUAUUUAUGCUUGUGAUUUUGCUCUCAAUGCCGUUGAAGUUGUGAAGAAUAAUCCAGCAUAUGAUCCUCAAAAAAGUAAUGCAUUUUUUUGGGAUUUGACCAGUGAAAAUAUACCAGAAAACAUUGAACCUGGUUCACUUGAUAUUGUGGUAUUAAUAUUUGUCAUGUCAGCUAUACAUCCUCAGUGUUGGAGCCAGGCUGUAGAAAAUGUUUACAAGGUUUUGUAUGAUAUGGUGCAACUAAGAUUUAAAGAAGGUCGUAUGCUAUCCGAUAACUUUUAUGUCCGAGGUGAUGGUACGCGUGUAUAUUUCUUUACUUCAGAUGAAAUACAAACAAUAUGGGGUACAAAAUUUACACUUGAACAGAAUGCUAUAGAUCGUAGAUUAAUUGUUAAUAGACAUCGUAAACUUCAAAUGUAUCGAAUUUGGUUACAAGGUAAGUUUAGAAAAAUUGAAGAUCCGAACCCUUUAUAA